AUGCAGACUUGCUUUAAGAAGUACUGGAAAACCCACAAAAAUCUCCAUUUGCUAGCAGAGGGCAAAUGUAUCUUUCCUCCAUCUGAGUACGAGAGUAUCUUUGACGGAUAUCACUUCACCGGCCCUCUCAGGCCGUCACAGAAAACUCCUUACAGGGCUGUACCGGCUCACAUUCGACGUCCUGACUAUGCCGAUACUGGUAUCCCUGUGUCGGAAAGAGAAGCUAAGAGCUCUCACUCUAUCAUUAGUCUUAAUGAUGAAGAGAUGGAAAGCAUGCGGGUGACUGGAAAGCUAGCACGAGAAGUCCUGGAUGUGGCAAUAGAGGCAGUCGAUAUUGGCGUUACAACUGACGAGAUUGACAGGAUUGUUCACGAGGCCUGCAUUGAGCGAGAAUGCUAUCCUUCGCCACUGAACUACUUCAAUUUCCCGAAGUCAUGCUGCACCUCGGUGAAUGAAGUUAUUUGUCACGGAAUUCCAGAUAAACGGCCUCUUGUCGAUGGAGAUAUACUUAACAUUGACAUAACAACAUACUUUGGUGGUUUCCAUGGCGACGUCAAUGAAACCGUUUUUGUCGGAACCCCCGACGAGACUUCGAUUCGUCUCGUCAAAACUACCUACAAUUGUCUCGCCAAAUCAAUGGAUGCAGACCAAGUCGACUUGCCAUCCACCACCACCACCACCUCCUCAUCCUCUUCUUCUUCCUCUCUCUCUCUCUCUCCCUCGCCUUUCAAAACAGUUCGUGUGGGUGUCAGGUACCGCGACAUGGGCGAUGUGAUCUCCCACCACGCCAACCUCGGGGGCUUCUCCGUGGUGCGAACCUACUGCGGUCACGGCGUACACCGCCUGUUCCACUGCCCGCCCAACGUACCCCACUACAGCGCCAACAAGGCGGUGGGCGUGAUGAAACCGGGCCACUGCUUCACCAUCGAGCCGAUGAUCAACGCAGGGAGCUGGCGUGAUGACGUGUGGCCGGACAAGUGGACCGCAGUCACCGUGGACGGACUUCGCUCGGCCCAAUUCGAGCACACCAUGGUGAUUGUGAAACGCGGCGAAGGCCUCGAAACGCCCGCCAUGCUGGAGGGCGGCCCGCCAUUGGAUGUUAUGACGGCGCGCCGUUUGAAAGGCGAAGACAAACUGGCCAAUGUGGACCUGCCGUCGGAGCAGAAGCUGCACUUUCUUCGCUACGGCCGGCCACACUUUGUGGAUCAGUUGCACGCCCUGAAAAUGGACGUUGCUAAGAUCCUGGACACGGCGGACACUCGAUCUGCCUAA